GUUUUUCAAGCUUAAGCUUUUGUUCACAAGUACCGUCACCUUGAAUUCUAGGCUACGAUAAAGAUGGAUCAACUAUAGAAUUCUUACUCAGAGUAAUUUUACGUAAUCCAACUCGGUUCUUGGUUGAAAAGCCACUUGUCCGUAGUGUCGCAAUCAUGAGAAGGGAUUGCGAAUUACACCGCGACAUCAACUUCCUAGUGUAUUUGAGUUCGGAAUCGAUGGAUCCUUGGCCUUAUCGUUGGGUUGGCGCUUCUUCUCGCUAUGUUGUCUUCCCAAGACAAUUCUAUCACCUUCGAACAGCUUAAUUCACCCAGGUUCGAAUACAUCCAAGCAGAACUCAACAAUUGGGAACGUAUCAUAUUCCAAGGCGAUAUGGAUGGCUCACGCAAACAGGGGGAGGUAUCUCCGAAUACUGGCGACCAUACAUCAACGCCAGUCAACGCGUCCACCGACAAUACAGGGACAUAUUUGCCAGGAAAUCACGUUAACGGAGCUGCACUACCUCAGGUCCCUCCUGAGGCAUAUAACUACCUCAUACAUGCAUUGCUUUCGAUGCAAGGAGCUAUUCCACCCCCAGCAGCAUAUAAUCAAUCGUUACCAUACCCUCCAGGACAAUUCUCAGGUCCUUCCACAUCUUCAAUUAUCCACCAUGUGCCCCACCAAGCCAUGCACUCCAAUCCACCCAUCGCAAUGCCGUCUACAGGAUCCCUUUCACAAUUCUACUCGAAUACCCCAGGUAUGGUGACCCCACAUUCAGCGAGCUCCCACAAUUCUAGAGGCACGGUCAAUGGACCUGCAGCGUCUGUACCAUCAAAUACAACACCUUCAGACCCAGGUGACAUUACGGAUGAAGUUGCUGCUAUUGCUGAAGAUAAGCGCAGAAGAAAUACUUCUGCUUCAGCCAGAUUUCGGAUCAAAAGGAAGCAGAAGACACUCAACCUCGAGCGAACUGUUGCCGACUUGACUGGCAGGACCGAGGAAUUAGAGCGAGAGGCAUCGGAGCUGCGACGAGAGAAUAGCUGGUUGAAGGAAAUUGUGGUAUUAAAAAGCAGAAAAAGAGGUGCAUUCGGUGGCAUGCAAUCCGGCAGUUCCCAACAAGCAAGUACUUCGUCCGCACAGGGAGAUGGUCGCAACAAUAGUCUUAGCAGUGACGAAGAAGAAGGUCGCGGGAAAGAGAAAUGAAACGACGCGUGAGUCAGGCUAUUCGCACCCUAGCUUACUACCAUGUAUUCAAGAUCGUAGAUGUCACGAAGCUGUGUGUUUCAUCAGCCCGGGCUCUUAUAAGAUCAGCAUAACAACCAAAGAACUUUGAUUU